UCGCACGCGUUCGAAAAGGCAUUGCGACUCGCAAAACUUUAAUAAAUAUAUUUAAUUAUUAUAUUUAUCACAAAACCAGAAGCAAGAUGACAAUGGACGUUAAAGCCAGUCAAGUAGCAGCCAGCACAGCUACCAAAUCGAGUGCCAAUGUUGGUGCUUCGGCAUCGACGGGAGGCCAAGAGUGUGCCGGAUGUGGAAAACACAUAACCGAUAGAUUUCUGUUGAAGGCACUGGAUUUGUUUUGGCACGAAGACUGUUUAAUGUGUGGAUGUUGUGGGUGUAGACUGGGCGAAGUCGGAUCGACGUUAUACACCAAGGCAAACAUGAUAUUAUGCAAGAAGGAUUAUUUCAGGAUGUUUGGCAAUAAGGGCAUGUGCGCGGCUUGUUUCAAGGACAUACCGGCGUUCGAGAUGGUUAUGAGAGCCCGCAGUAACGUGUAUCACUUAGAGUGUUUUGCGUGCCAACAGUGCAAUCACAGAUUUUGUGUCGGAGAUCGCUUUUACUUGUGUGAAAACAAAAUAUUAUGUGAAUAUGAUUUCGAAGAGAGGAUGGUGUUUGCAAACAUGGCUUAUAACCCAGCUACUUUGGCUCAGUUGAAACGUCACGCUACACACAUACCACCCGCGGUUGGUGGAGGGGGUAGGGCAGAUCUUCCGUUGACUGCAGGAAGCAACGGGACUGGAGAUCGUAGAGCCACACCAACUGAUUCACACCACCACGGACAUCAUCAUCAUGGGCACCAUCACGGAGCACCCACCACUAAUGGACAUCAGUACGGUGGAUCAGGUGCCACUACGAACGGCGAUCAGUCUCAGCUUCAAUUAUACGACGUUAAAUGAUAACAUAAAAAUGUGUUAUUUCUCAAAAAGACGUUCUCUUUUAAAAUUUAAUUUUAGAACUAUUUCGUUAUUAAUUUCCUUCGAGUAUUUUGAUUUAAUUAAGUAUAGUAUUAUUAGAUUUUUAACGAAUAAAAAUCGUUACAGACAGAUUUUGUCUGUUUGGAUAAUUACGGCGAUAAGAGAUUAUUCGUAGAAUAAAACUAUGAUUUUGUUUCAAAUUUGUUCACAAACUUAAGUGAAAAAAUUAACUUUAAGUUCGUGCAAUUAGAAAAAAAAAGGUGUUAACCUAAUUACCCUUUAAUGUUUUUAUUAUUAUUAUUAUUAUUAUUUUGUUGCUUAAAUUACACCAAUUAAAUAGUGUCUAUUUACUGUCUUUAAUAUUUAUAUG